GGCGCGGCGGCAUUGUAAUUCUUUUUUUUUUCUUUUCCCAGCGCGGUGUGACCGCUUAGAACAAUGACGAAAUCAAUUUUUUUUUUUUUAUAUAUUGUUAUCAUUGUUUUUAGAAUAGAUACCUCUCCCACUAAACACAUAUUACCAUGGAUUACGAGGACGACGAACCCCAAGAUUUCAACGAUUAUUCCGAUCAUUAUGAAGAAGAAGAGGUCGAAGAGCCUGUUUACGAUGAGCAACAAGGGGAAUCAGUGGCCAUUUUAGAUGAUGUGAUGGCAGGAGGUGUGGGUACUGUACCAACCGAGAUAAACAGCGCUGAACGUACUGAACGUAUAACAACACCUUACAUGACAAAAUAUGAAAAGGCUAGAAUUCUCGGUACAAGAGCAUUGCAAAUCAGUUUAAGUGCACCUGUCAUGAUCGAAAUUGACGGUGAAACAGACGCACUUGCUAUUGCCAACAGAGAAUUAAGAGAAAAGAAAAUUCCAUUGAUUAUUCGUCGUUUUAUGCCAGAUGGUACUUAUGAAGACUGGAAAGUCCGUGAUUUGAUUGUAGAUUAGAAAGGAAAAAAAAAAAGGAAAUAAAAAAAAAAAAAAAGAAAAAAAAA